AUGUCUCGGAAUUCUCGGUCUGAGCCCCGCUCCGAGGCCGCGGUCAGUGCUGCUUUCACAGACAUUCAUCAAGUCUCGCCUGGCGAUAUGGUGCGAGCUCUCGCACUUCUGUCCAAGCUGCCGCACGCGUCUGAGAAAGUGCAGGCUUAUGUAACGCGGUCAAUGUUUGUGUAUCGCAAAAAGAUCAGGCAGCCUUGGGAAGAUUUGUCAAAGGUCAAGGCCAACAAGGGCGCGUUCAAACUGUACACCGGCUUCUAUCUCGCAACGUCGUGGGAAGCAGUCAAAAAGUCCUUCGACGUUCUUUGCGGUACAUAUCGCUAUCGCGCGCUAUGUGCUGCCGAGAAUUGCGCUCCACAACCGGUGUCUGAACCUCCUGUCGAAGUCGAUGACGAGUUGAAGAUUUUGCUGGUGACUUACAUCGAGACCAUCAUCACGAGCAUCAUCCUGGAGCUCAAUGAUGCAGAAGGAUGGAAGGAGGAGGCUUCUCGAUUGGCACGGUUUCCCCAAGCCCAGCUCACCUUCGAUUUCAUAGGCAACGCUAUUGAGUUGAUGCAGAGUCUUCACACUCUCACCAACGGUCGUCAGCGUUAUCGAGACAUCAUCAACUCUACCCUCGCCUUCCAGGACACGAUCUACGAGCUACCCAGCACAAAGACUGACUUCUGA